AUGGGCGAAGUAGAAGAAGAAGGAGAACCGAAGUACCAGCUCUUCGUGAAGGGCGCCGAGAAGCCCCGAGAGGAAGGAUCGCAGAAGUUCACGGGUCAAGGCAAGGCGCUCUACUUGACUGGCGACAGCUACGAGGGCACUUUCGUGGAGGGUCUUCGUACAGGAAAGGGACUGUAUGUCUUCAAGAAGACCGGCGACAGCUACGAAGGCAAGUAUGAGGAGAACAGGAAGCACGGGUUUGGCAAGAUGACGUACAGGAACAAUAUCGGCGAGGAGGAGGAUGCCGACCCGCCAGACGAGAAUGCCCCACCAAGGGGAGGCACCUAUUUGGGCAACUUCACCGCCGGCCUCCGAGGGCGCUUGGCCAGUGCCGGUCCCGAGGCGCCAGCAGACGGCACCUUCACCUACGUCAACGGAGACGCAUACGCGGGUCAGUGGAGAGAGGGCAAGAAGCAUGGCAACGGCACGUACACGUUUGCCAAGGAUGGAACUCAGCUAGUUGGAGAGUGGGAAGAUGGCAAGAUCGUCAGCGGCAAGUGGGUGUUUCCCAACGGCACGUUCUACUGCGGCAAGUUCAGGUACAACAAGCCCUACGGCAAAGGAGUGUGGGUCUUCAAGAACGGAAACCAGCUUGCUGGUGAUUACCUGCAGAAGGAGCAGGCUACCGAAGACGAACCAGCAGACGAGACGGAGGGAGCACCAAAGCCUGAUCCGAAGGUGUGGUGCCAGUUCAAGCCGAGCAAAAGUGUUGCGGUCAGAGGAGGGUCAAUGUUUUAUCCAAAGACGGGUGCAUAA